GAUCAUGUUUAAUGCCCACCAUUGAAAUUUACAGGAAUCCUAUCAUAUGUUCGCAAUUAUAGUUGCGGGAAGAUUGGCUCAAACAAAUUUUGAAAAGGUAAGCGACACUCAAAUUUUAUUUAAUAUAACUGAUGCAAGUACUAUAAAUCAUAUUGUUGUCUUUUUAACUGGAGAGAUUGCAUUUCCUGAAAAUAUGGGAGGGUCUGUUUUUUUCCAUGUAUCCCAGGACAGUUUAGAACCAAAUUUGCAAUGGAAAUAUAUUGGUUAUUUAUCAAAUGAAAAGCCAAGUGCAAUAUUUAAAAUAUCCGAUAAAUCCAAAAUUACAAGUUCAUUUACAUCAUCUUUACCACAACACAAACCAGCUCAAGUAGGUAUUUCCAUAGACUCACUGACCAAUAUUCUUAGUCUAGAGCAACUGCACCAUCCUCAGAUAAAUAAUUCUGCAAUUAUGCAACUUAGUCAAAAUCACACACCAAACAAUGAUGAAAAAGUGGAAUAUUGUGUAAAAAUGUUACAAAAUUUUUAUCACUAUGCCUCAUCUUUUGCUGCAAGUGGUGAAAGUAUAAAAAAUGCAUUAUCACUUCAAACAUUUGACCCCCAAAACACUGAUAAUUUGAAUAUUGCUACAAUUAGUAAAGAUGGUAGAUCUACCUAUUUUCCUACAUCCGCAUUGGAACAAUGGUACAAAAAUUUUAUGAACAAAAUCAAAAUUAAUCCAAAUUUUUGGAAGUCUAUAUCCAAUGAUUAAAUUAUAUAAUCUAAAUAAAGU